GAGUUCGAAGGGAGACAAGGAACGAACGGUAUAGCAUCCCCAUCAGAGUGCUCAGUAUCCUGCCACUAUGCAUCCAAGUGAUGCUUCGUGCGGUUUCCGUGCUGUGCCCGUGUAUGCACCCACAACAAUGCAUAUCGAAGAGCCUGAAAAUCAGCGGAAUAACAAGUGGAAACGGAAAUUAGUAGUCUUCCUGAUCUGCGUUCUGCUGGUCGCCAGCCCAUUCCUCGUCUUGUUGGUGAGGCACUUCAGAACGUGCCAGACCGAAGCUCCCAAAGGAGCCCUCGCUGAUUCAAAGCGGCUGAACGGAACUGCCGAGCCCGAUGUCAAGAUUUGUUUUGUUCAAAGUCCAAACGGAACACUGGUACCAGGAGAUUGCCCGGUGCACUUGGUGGGUGCGAUAAGCGACUUGAACUCGAAGAUAAAUUUCCAGAAACCCGAGGCUGGAACCACGGGAUCUGCCGAGGAGCAGCCUCCAGGCAUGCCUGCUCCGCUCCCAUAG